CGAAACUCUAAAGACGAAACUCUAAAGACGCUCUAUCACCGCGAUUCGAAGUGAAAGUACGGCCGUUUGCACCUUAGUUCAAGGCAACAGGCCCUCUUACUUAAGUACAACCGGUCUUUUAUUUCUCUCUUUUACUUCUCCACCUCGAGCACCACAUUUCAAUUCAAUAAGGCACAGCUCCACCAUGGACAACAGCGAUGUCUUCUUCCACGGCUCUCCCCCCUCCUCCAGCAACGAUCAACCCUACAAAUACACAAAGCCAGUUGACGAUUUCCGCCCACUCGUCCUCUCUCCCACCUCAGUUCUCUACCUUGCCGUCAUCACGCCGCACACCGACUCAUACGAGAUCCACGGCCCAGUGACUAACUUCUCAUCCCUACUCCCCAAAAUCACAGAGCUCGCAUCUGACAGCCCUUCCGCACUUGACAAGCUCGAAGCGCUGGAGUACUCCGCGGCCGACGUAUGGGGCACAAGUCAACUCAACCCCGAUUUCGCGACCCAGGGCUUCACGACGUUCGUCAUCGAGGGCCAGCGCGACACCUACACAGUGCUCGAGGUGCUGCGCGAGGCAAACGCGAGGGUUCGGGAGGUGCUGCCAGCGCCCGUGUACACUGUCACGCGCCACGGUCCGCUGAUCCACACGUUCUCCGGGAUCGGCGCGAAGAUGAAGCUCGGUGUUGCGAAGGGUGUGGCGGCGACGAGCACGCUUGUCGGCAGCUUUGUGGAUCGCAAGGACGCGAAGGCUGCGGCGGGGGCUGCGAUGGAUUUCAUGACUGGAGGGGAGGGUUCGGUGAGGAAGAUCGAGGAUUGGGGCAAUGAUGAUGGUGGGGGAGUGCUGCUUGCGAUGGGGGUUGCGAAGAGGUGGGAGGUCAAGGUGCACUAUGAGGAUGAGACGAUGAGGAAGGCGAGGGAGAGCGCGGAUGCGGAGGGCGCUGGGGUAGGAUGGCGAUUUUGA